AUCUGUCAUAGCGGCAAACACCCGACAACGUUUCAGUCUUUCUGCAAAAUGUCAGCAUUAAACUUGUCUGUAAAAGUUCAUCCGAUCGUUUUAUUUCAGAUUGUCGACGCUUUUGAGCGACGUAAUGCUGAUUCUCAACGUGUGAUUGGAACAUUAUUAGGCUCCGUGGACAAAGGUGUUGUUGAGGUUACAAAUUGCUUCUGUGUACCUCACAAAGAGCACGAUGAUCAAGUCGAAGCUGAACUUAGCUACGCAUUAGACGUAUAUGAAUUGAAUCGGCGUGUGAAUCCAUCAGAAAGUAUCGUUGGUUGGUGGGCUACAGGCCAUGAAGUUACCAAUCACAGCUCAGUUAUUCAUGAAUACUACGCUCGUGAAUGUAACAAUCCAGUGCAUUUGACGGUUGACACAUCGCUACAAGGUGGUCGUAUGGGAUUGAAGGCGUACGUUUGCAUUAAUCUCGGUGUUCCAGGAGGAAAAAGUGGAUGCAUGUUUACACCCAUCAACACUGAAGUCACUUACUACGAACCAGAAGUGGUGGGCUUGCAAUUAUGUGAAAAAACCAUUGCUCCACCAAAUCGCUCCAAGAAUGUAUCGCCGAUGCUUGAUUUGGCCCAGGUCGCAGAAGCAUCUGCCAAAUUGUCAAAUCUCCUCGAUGAAUUAUUAUCGUAUGUUGAAGAUGUACUCAACAGCAAACAACCACCAGAUAAUGCAGUUGGACGAUCAUUGCUCGAUCUGGUUAAUUCAGUUCCACAUAUGAAUAAUGAUCAAUUUGCACAAAUGUUCAAUUCCAAUGUGAAAGAUUUACUUAUGGUGAUCUCAUUGUCGCAAUUGAUCAAAACACAACUCCAACUCAAUGAAAAAUUAACAUUCUUCUCUGCAACUAUCGGAAAAAAUUAAUUAUUCGAGUCGAAAUUGUUUGAACAAUUAAAGCGAUGUGGAAGACUCUUGAAUAUGUAACUCUUUUUGUUAGGAAUAAAAAAUAAAACAAUAUUGCUUAACAAAAAGGAAAAA